ACAAGAAUGGGUUUUCACUGAUUUCUCAUUUUGAUGGGGCCAGAAUGCCCUUCCAGAAACCUUGUAGGAAAAUGCAACCAUGAAAAUAACUCAAAGAAAGGAAAAUGAGAUGUGCUACCUCAAAGGAAAAAGAGAGCAGUAUGAAGCAAUUGCCAUUUGCAGAGUGAUGGGAACAAAUUAUUGAACCUACUCAAAAGCACAUUGGAAAUGUUUCUUUAGAGGAAUAAUGAUACUUGAGAUGUAUCUAUUUUCAGAUAAUUAAUUACAGCUCGGGAAGAGAGAAGGCACUGUGUAUGUGAAGCACGUCUGAGAAAUUCUGUUGGCGCACUGUGCCUUGGGCCCGUCGGCUUGCCUCAGCGUAUUUGCAUGAUUCAAGGUUAAUCUGCACAGCAAUUCAACUCAAAGCAAAAACAUUUUUCAAUGCCAUCAUAGUCAUGGGGAGUCGUAAGAACUUUCAGAACUGUCAGCCACCUAAUCAGAAAGCAGAAACACGAAAGGCAAGUUCACCAGUACAAGUUUGAUUAGCAAAUGAGGUCUGGCUGGCUGGGGCUCCUGCUGCGCGGUGCGUGACCGACCCAUGGGCUGGGGGUUUGCUUGGUUUCGACUGUGCGAUCCUAGCCAGCAGAAAGAAACACAGGUGUACUAGUGACAGAGCAAAAAAGGCACCAAAACAAUGACUCAAACCAGCUGUGAGAGCUAUUUUGAUGUGGUGGCAGGUGAGAGUGGAGAAGAAGGGGUGCAGCUGUGGGGUGGCAGUGCUGGCUUUCCAAGGGACAGGGCUGGGGAAGGAGCAUGGACACGUGGAGAUGGGGGAACCUCACCGGAGGAGAGGGGAGACCAAGGCUGUGUUUUAUCCCUGUGGCAACAUAUGACCCAAGCCCUGGGUUGGGCGCUUGGCUUGCUCUGGUCUCUGUACCUGGAAAUGGAGUUGCAUUACAGCGGCAGCAGCACCUCCUGGGUCUGCACGGAUUUGCACGUGGGGUGCAGACCCCUAACUGGGCCCUCUGGGUUACAUUCUGGGGACAUUUGUACUACUCAUUGCAGCAUGACUAUUGACCGGAGUUCCUUUCCCUGAGCCCAGGGUGGCCUCUCCUUCUGUCCCCUGCAGAUGCCAGGUGCUCAGCCAGCUUAGAAAUCUGGGCUUGUAUUUAGGCACUUGCAAAAGCUUAACCUUAUGGGAAAGGCACCCGUGAAAAACCCAGCCUUGUAACCCGUUACCCCUGUCCGUGCAGCAGCCCGGCUGGGAAACCUUCGGUUUCUGGCUCUGACAUUUGUUGUCAUGUCUCCUGAAAUUUCUAUUAUUCAGCUGGGUGCUGGAGGGGCAGGAGGUUUUUAUGAGGUGCCUCUUACCGUACGUGCAGGCAGGGGGAAUGUCCCUAGAGCAGGAGCGAAGCGUAUAAAAAAGGGGAAGCCGCGCUCAAUGGAUCAGUCGCUCGCUUGUCUCACUGUGCGCACAGCUAAGAUGACGGUCGCUUGUCUGCUCCUCUUCAGCAUCUGGACCAGUGCAUCAGGCUCCGUGCAGGUGAUGCACAAAAAGGUCCAGGCGGUCCAGGCAGGUGGAAACGUUACUUUUGCAUGCCGGUCGGUCACAGAAGAAGAUGUGCUACAGGUGACCUGGCAGAAGGAGGUGGAUGGGGCUGAAGACAACAUAGCAACUUACAGUACCAUGAACGGCCAAAAGAUAGCAAAGGGCUAUGUUGGCCACGUGAGCUUUGCCCGCAGUGAGCUACAAACCUCGGCCAUCUCUCUUCAUGGAGUCACCCUCCAAGAUGAAGGAUGCUACAAGUGCAUCUUCAACAUGUUCCCCUCAGGGCCUGCUACCGGCAGGAUGUGUCUCAAGGUUUAUGUCAUCUCAGACCCCAAAGUGGAGGCGAAGCUUAUAUCCAGUCCAGACAAAGCUGAGGGCUCUGAGAAAGUGGUGAGGAUGAGCUGCUCAGCAACAGGGAAACCAGCUCCAAAAAUCACCUGGCGCCUUCCCAGCAUCCUGCAGCAGAAACCAAGGGAAUACCACGUCAGGCUCAGCAACCAGACCGUGACUGUCAUCAGCAAUUUCACUCAUGCCCACUCCAAAAUCCUCCAGGAGUACCCCAUCGCCUGCAUGAUCCAACACCCUGGUUUAAACGUGACCCUGGUCCUGCCCACGGAGAGCCUGAUGAAGGGUCCGGACACCAGUGUGGCACUGGCCGUUGCCAUUGUGGUGGGGCUGUUGGUCUCCCUGACUUCCCUCUUCAUUCUCAGCUGCCUCCUCCACCGCUGCUUCAAGCACCUGUGUGACCCGGAGAGAAACCCAGACCAGCCGUGCUGGGUAGGUCUGCCUCUCCCUGGGGUGCUGCAGGGCUCGCCCCCACCGGUCACGGGGCUCGACACUGGGACCCGGCUCUGCCCUGCCACCCCAGGGCUGGCUGCAGGCUACCCAGCGCGGGCUGCGGCGGGGCUGGAGAAGGACGAAGGGAUUAGCCCCCAGCCAGAUGGCUGGGAAGGAGAAACCUGAACAUAAUUAGCCAGGUUCAUAGGCGCCCAACAUUGACGACAGCUAGAAAACGUUCACUUUCUCAAUGGCAAGGCACGCUGCGGGAGAAGCGUUGCUCUGUUCCUAUAUUUAUGCACAAAAUAGCUGUGCAAGAAGUGGCCAUGCCCUUGCACUGUUCUUCUGCAGCUUCCUAAAAUAACUUCCCCCUGGCAUGGCCAGCGCCGCUUGUGGAGGAAGCAGCUACAAGGACGCGUCUCAACCAAAAGGGGUUUUAGAGGAAGAGCGUGCCUCUGGAGGAAAGCCCAGGGUGCCGUGCUGUGCCAGGGGCUGAGAUGCUGCUGGCUGUUCGCCGAGGCCAUCCUGAUGCAGGGGGUGCAGGACGCAAGCUCAGGGAGAGGGCAAACCCAGUGAGGUGGCAUUGUUUCAGGAAAAUCACAGCCCAGUUUUGCGCUGAAGGCACCUCAGCCUUCUCGCAAGAUACACCUAGAGCAUGCACCCUGACUUUUGAUGAGUGUUUUGGAGAAAAAGAAGCAGGGGGAGGAAACGCGAUACACGUCUCCCCUGGGCGCCAUGCCUCUAGGUCCAAGCUGGAGCCUGCUGGGGGGUUUGCAAAGUGAAAACUUUAGUCACCCCUCACACAGAAAGAUGCAAGGACCCAUUUGCUAACAUGGAUAGCCCGGAUCUUCACCCCUGCACUUCAAACAUCCACAUAUUUUGAAGAAGGAAAAAAAAAUCAACAACCUCUCUCCUGUUAGGUCCUUCCUGCCUGUACCAAGGCCAAGAAGUGUGGGCAGUACAGAGCUGCGGGUGGGCAGGCUCCCGCGGUGCCCCCCGGCCCCAGGACACCACUGAACACCUGAGCAGCUGCCCGCCUUUCACGUGUGAGAGAAAAACUCCUUGCAACAGCACCUCGGGCUUCCAAGCAAACCUGCUGUGACCUACUCGAAGAUAUAUAUGGAAAAGGACAAUUUAUAUAUAAAAUAUCUAUUUAUUUAUUUAUUUACACUAUAUUAUUGCUUUUUAUAGAAAAAAGCUGUAUUUAUUUGAUACUCAAGCUGGCUGCAUAAUGAAACCCCUGUUUUGUGUUUUCUGGGGUUUUGAACAUUAUAUUUAUUCCUUUCUGGUAUUUUAAUGUUGCAAAUUCAAAACUGGGUGAGGGGCUGUCUGAAACAGGGCAGCGUUUUGUUGAGGUGCUGGGCUGGGAGUUGUGGCUGACGGUGCCACAAGGGAGCCCUGCCAAGGAGCUGGGGUGCAGGAAACCCAUGGAGCAGCCUAGCACCCUGCUCUGAGCUCCAGGUGUCAAACCUGUGCCCCAAAGGCCACGAGAGAUCAGGCCAAGACCGCAGCCAGCCUGAACUUGUAACCCAGAUGCCAGGAGCAACAGGCUUCAAGCCAGGAGUCAUCAGGCAUGAGGAAGUUGCUAACUCCAGCUUCCAUCAGCUUUUCCUAGAAAGUAACACAAAAGCCAAGAGUAGGUACAUGUUUCCUUCUCCCCUCUUCUACUGCAGUUUCCACAGCCUCCUUCUUAAUUUCCCUGAUCCAUCACAGCUGCCUUGUGUCUCCAGGAAUCCCACCUGCCUGCAGGAGGCAGUGGGGAAAUAAAAGGGCAGUUGGAGGGGCAGCAGGCUGCCUGCUGGGUUUUGUGUAUGUUGUGGUUUAGUGGCAGGUGGGUGCAGUGGGAAACAGGAGGCUGGAAAGAAUGAGGGAGGUGGACACUCUCUAUGGGCAGAUACACCUGACCACAGGGUAACAAGUGUUACCUAUUGUUAAAAUUCAUUGCUGAUAACCUGUCAGUUCUCCUGUAAUGCCCUGAAUCCUGACCUACACCUGUGAAAUCUUUCCUUGUAGACCUAGGGAAGUAGAAAUGAGCCCACCCAGCUGGUGUGGUCGUGUGGGUAGCAGAAGGACAGCCAGUGCAGGCUGUUUACUCUUCUCUUGCCUUCCUGGAGCAAGUGCAUGUCAUCUGUUUUUUCCUCACUCCUCUAUUUCAAAUGUGCAUCCCAGAUGAAGCAGGCUUCAGGUUGCAUUCAAAAAGCCAAGUAACCUGAAAUGAAAGCAAGUGGGAGAGCUGAGAAUUAAUAAAGCCAGUCCUUGUCAUAAAAGGCUUUUUUAGGCUCCCUAAUGCUUAGUAAUAGCACAGCUGGUGAGUGCAGGGAAAGGGGAACUGGCUGCAACUGUCACAAUAGGGAAUUUUUCCCCUGAGCCCCAUAAUUAUCAAAGAAGGAAACCACGUUUUCUUCAAGCUUUCCUGUCAUUGCAGCUUGAUUUCCCCCUCUUCUGUGAAGGAAGGGGCUGGGGGAGAAGUAGGUUUUCCCCUGGGACAGUGUGGGGCAGGAUGCAGGCAGGGCUCAGCCCCUGGCACUCAGCGUCAGCCCUUGCUGCUCAGAGGGGCCACACUUGUACUUCAGGGGGUUUUGGAGAGGGGUGGUUCUUUCUGAGUUUCAAAAAUGCUUUCCACUACUGUUUAAACUGAUGGCUCUUUUUAUAUGUAUAAAAAAACAAAAAAAAAACAACAAAAAAAAACCCACCAAAAAAACACCAAACAAAAAACAACAACAAAAAAAGAGAAAUUAGCCUCUUGCAGAAACA